AUGAGGAAUCAAGUUGUUGAUCUAGUUUCAGAGGGAAGGGUUGUCAUGGGCAAUGCCACAGCAGUGCUUGAGUUUCUCCUUAUUGGCAUCUCUAACUACCCUGAGUUGAGAGGUACAUUUUUCACAUUGGUUCUGAUAACUUACCUCAGCACGUUGUUGGGAAAUGGACUUAUCAUCUUUCUGAUACACUUUGACCACCACCUCCACACGCCAAUGUACUUCUUCCUCAGUCACCUGUCUUUCUUAGACCUUUGCUAUGGAACAGCUUCCAUGCCCCAGGCCUUGGUGCAUUGUUUUUCCACCCAUCCCUACCUAUCUUAUUCACAAUGUUUGAUCCAAAUGAGUGUCUCCCUGGCUUUGGCUACAGCAGAGUGUUUCCUGCUGGCCAUCAUGGCCUAUGAUCGUGUGGUUGCUAUCAGCAAUCCUCUGCGCUAUACUGUAGUCAUGAAUGGACCAAUGUGUGUCUGGUUGGCAGCUGCGUCCUGGGGGGCAGCACUUGUGCUCACUGCCAUGCUUGUUUUAUCUCUAAGGCUUCAUUUCUGUGGAGCUAAUGUCAUCAACCAUUUUGUCUGUGAAAUUCUCUCCCUCAUUAAGCUGGCCUGUUCUGACACCCGCCUCAAUGAACUCAUGAUCUACAUCACUGGCAUCUUCACCCUGCUCCUACCCUUUGGGUUUGUUCUCCUCUCCUAUAUCCAGAUUGCUGCUGCUGUCCUUAGGAUUCGCUCAGCCCAGGGCAGGUUCAAGGCCUUUUCCACUUGUGGUUCUCAUCUGAUGGUGGUGACAAUCUUUUAUGGAGCAGCCAUAUCCAUGUACAUGAAACCUCAGUCCAAGUCCUCCCCUGACCAGGACAAGUUUGUCUCAGUGUUUUAUGGAGCCUUGACACCCAUGCUGAACCCCCUGAUAUAUAGCCUAAGAAACAAAGAUGUUAAAGGGGCAAUGAGGAAAGUUAUGGCUAAAAGGGCAUAAGCCUCCUUUGUUUCUAAACUUGUAAAACAACACUCAGCUAGCUACAUCUUUAAUUCUGAUGAAAAUAGUUUAAAGAUUCUGGCUUUAACCUUGGAAGAUCAGGUGACUGAUUUAUAAGAAGCUUCCCAUCCAAAAAUAUUAUCAUUUACUGAGGCUUGAAUUUCCAUUAGAAGUUUUGUAUUAUUUUUUGCUCUUUCAAAACAUAACACUGUUAGUGGUCAUCCAUUAGGUUAAUCACCUUCAGGAAAACGAGCUUAUUCAAAUCAUUGCCUCACUGACAUAAAGGACCUAAGCAAAAAAGAAUCUCCUAUGAUCAUUGGUGCCAGGUAAGGCAUAACUGAAAUUGCAAAAUAGGACAAAGAGUGGGGUAAUAAAAGGCUUGAAGACAAAUGUCAGAAACUUCACAAUUCACUAUGUUUCUAAAUCUGUAUAUAUGAAAUACAUGAAACUUGUAUAACUUAAAUAAAAUUUUAAAAAAGGAAACUUCACAAUUUUGAUAAGAGCAAAUCUUGUUGUGUAUACACAAUCUCCUUUGUUCCACUUAACCUCAGAAUCAUGAGAAAAUUGUAUCAUUGCUAUUUCCUAUAAUGAUGUAGACUUUUCUUUCUGUUUUCCCAAACUUCUUUCUAAUCCGUUAGCUUAUUAUGUUUUCCUAACAACUCAGUUCAUAAGAAAGCUCCCCAAAUGCCCCAUCUGUAUUAACAAUAAGGAAAGGGAAGCUGAGAGAACGAGUUGAGGUACACAACUGGUAGGGACUCAACACUAGAAUUUAGAAAGCAGUUGUUUGACACAGUGUUUAAGACAUCAGUUGGGAUGCCUGUGUCCCAUAUCAGAGUGUAUGGAUUAGAGUUACGUCUCUGCUUCCAAUUCCAGAUUCCUGCUAAUGUAGACCUUGAGAGACAGCACGUAUGGGCUCAAUUGCUUGAGUUCCUGCCACCCAUAUGUAAGUCCUGGAUUGAGUUCUGGGCUCCUGGCUUCAGCCUAAGCCAGCCCCAGCUGUGUGGGCAUUUGGAGAGUAAACCAGCAGAUGGAAGAUCUCUCUCUCUUUCUCUCUCUCUCACUUUCAAAUUAAAAAUAAGUAAAAUUAUUAAAAAAUAGAAUUCAUGGCCAGCACCAUGGCUCAAUAGGCUAAUCCUCCACCUGCAGCGCUGGCACCAAUGGUUCUAGUCCCAGUUGGGGCCCCGGAUUCUGUCCCGGUUGCUCCUCUUCCAGUCCAGCUCUCUGCUAUGGCCCGAGAGUGCAGUGGAGGAUGGCCCAAGUGCUUGGGCCCUGCACCCACAAGGGAGACCAGGAGAAACACCUGGCUACUGGCUAUGGAUCAUCGUGGUGCAGCAGCAGCAGCGCACCGGCUGCAGCUGCCAUUGGGGGUUGAACCAACGGAAAAAGAAAGACCUUUCUCUCUCUCUCUCUCUCUCUCUCUCUCACUAUCCACUCUGCCUGUCAAAAAAUAAUAAAAAAAUAGAAUUCAGACCACAUACAUGCCACUUCUUGGUUUAUUUCAACUAGGUCUAUAAAAUUAUUUGGAAUUUAAAAUUAUAAAUGCAGUUAACAUUU